GCGCGGAGCUUCAAAAGCAGACCAACGAAGAUCUCGAGGGCGAGCAAUUCAAGUCGCCUUGGGACGUUUACGACAAUGGUUCAAAGUACCUAACUAGAAUAGAAGUAAAAGAGUACAACCGUAGCGCUAAGAACACUGUCCGCUCGUCUUGGCAGCCAUCGCGUCGCAGACGUUUUGGAGUUCCUCAGUUCCUCCGUGCAACACCAUCUGCGAGCGACAACCACCACAACGCGCUCGCCAUCUCCGCACUCCCCUCGACCCUCGACGCCUUGUUCCCCCGCCGAACCCCCUCGAGACAACCGCUUGCCGCCGCCACCACAAUGGCGCCCGUCCAGAUCAGCGAGGUCAAGGGCAGCAACACGCGCGAGAACCGCACGGCCGCGCACUCGCACAUCCGCGGCCUGGGGCUGCGCAGCGACGGCAUCGCCGACAAGAACAGCUCGGGCUUCGUGGGCCAGACGGCCGCACGAGAGGCGUGCGGCGUCGUCGUCGACCUCAUCCGCGCCAAGAAAAUGGCUGGCCGCGCUGUGCUGCUGGCUGGUGGGCCUGGCACCGGAAAGACGGCGCUCGCUAUGGCUGUCGCGCACGACCUGGGCACCAAGGUCCCGUUUUGCCCGAUUGUGGCUAGCGAGAUUUACUCCGCUGAGGUCAAGAAGACGGAGGCCCUGAUGGAGUGUUUCCGGAGAGCUAUCGGUCUCCGUAUCCGCGAAACGAAGGAAGUCUACGAGGGCGAGGUAACCGAGCUGACGCCCGAAGAGGCCGAGAACCCGCUGGGGGGCUACGGGCGCACAAUCGCGCACCUGAUCAUCGUGCUCAAGUCGGCCAAGGGGACCAAGAAGCUGCGGCUGGACCCGUCCAUCUACGAGGCCAUCCAGAAGGAGCGCGUGCGGCUGGGCGACGUCAUCUACAUCGAAGCCAACACGGGCGCCGUCAAGCGCGUGGGCCGCUCCGACGCCUACGCCACCGAGUUCGACCUCGAGGCCGAGGAGUACGUGCCCGUGCCCAAGGGCGACGUGCACAAGAAGAAGGAGGUCGUCCAGGACGUCACGCUGCAUGAUCUGGAUGUCGCGAAUGCAAGGCCCCAGGGCGGCCAGGACAUUAUGAGCAUGAUGGGCCAGCUGAUGAAGCCGCGCAAGACGGAAAUCACCGAGAAGCUGCGCCAGGAGAUCAACAAGGUCGUCAACAAGUACAUUGACCAGGGCGUGGCAGAGCUUGUUCCGGGCGUGCUGUUCAUCGACGAGGUACACAUGCUCGACCUCGAAUCCUUCACCUACCUCAACCGCGCCCUCGAGUCCACCAUCUCCCCCAUCGUGAUCCUCGCCUCCAACCGCGGGCUCUGCCCCAUCCGCGGCGCCGAAACGACGCUGCCCGCCUCGCCUCACGGGCUCCCCCCCGACCUGCUCGCGCGCCUGCUCAUCGUGCCCACGCACCCCUACCAGCCCGACGAGAUCCGCAGCAUCAUCCGCACGCGCGCCCGCACCGAGGGCCUCAAGAUCGACGAGCCAGCGCUGGAGAAGGUCGGUGAGCUCGGCGUCAAAGUCAGCUUGCGCUAUGCGCUGCAGCUGCUUGCGCCGGCGAGCGUGCUGGCGAAGGUGGGCGGCAGGGAGAUGGUCGCUGUGGCGGAUGUGGAGGAGUGUGAGGGGCUGUUUUUGGAUGCGGGGAGGAGUGCCGGCGUUGUCGGGGGGAGUGGCGCGUUUAUUGCGUAGGAGGGGUUAUGUGGCAUGAGUAAUGCGGUUGGGAUGGUGGUGGGGAGGGAAUGGACUGGACUGGAUGGAUGGAUGGAUGAGAUCGGUAUUACGACGCUGUUGUUGUGAGUGAGUGAGUGAGUGAGUGAGUGGGUGUGAGAGAGAGAGACACGCAGUCGACAUGUACGAGUACCUAAGUAGGUAGGUAUAUUCUUCCACGCGCGCCAGAAAAGACAGGAAUCAAAUCAAUUAAACCGCCAUUAGAACCAAGCCAAGCCAGAGCAGACUUUCAAACCCCCCAUCCACCAUCCAUCAUACCCACCUACCAGCCAGCCUCACUUCCAUUCCAUUUAAC